GAGGUUAGUGUCCUUUCUGAUCCUGUUCUGGCAUUUCUCGGCUAACAGCCGCUGAGCAUUUAAACUUCCCCCUCGCCGCCCCCCAAUCAAAGCUGAUGGCACAAGUGAAAGGGUGCAACCUUUCCGGCUACGAAACUGCCUUCAGCAUCCACAAUAAGAAGGGAAGUUCGUGCAAAUUGGAUAGCAAGUUGAAGCUGCCGUGAAUUUGCUGUCAGGUUAUUGCGACUGGGAAAGGUACAUAUUCUAGAAAAGUAAAAUCUCACAUUCUCUCCAGCUUCUUAUUGAAGAUAUUUGUGGAGUUUCAAUUCUUAUGACAACAUUGCUGAAACUUUUACCUUCGAAUUCCCGUCACAUAUACUCUCACCAAAACUUCCUGCUUGCUAUAUAUGGGGCUAUCCACCAACAUUAAAGUAAACUCAUAAGGGCAGUAAGUGGAAUGAAUGCUGAUCAGUUGCUUAAGGCACGAAGACACCAGUUCAUCACAAUUCUUGGAAGAGGGUCAGUGGAAGUCUUUGAGAGCAUCCUUGAUCGCUUAUUAGCAUGGGAUCUUCUGAACUGGGAGGAAUAUGAAUAUGUGAAAUCGCCAGGUCUUCUGUCUCGUUCCAGUCGUUAUCUCCUUGACGUUAUAGUGUGCAAAGGGACCAGAGCCUGUGAACUUUUUGUUGUGGUGUUGCGAGAUGUCCUUCACAGCUCGCAACUGACUGGUUUAAUUCUGGGGAACUAUAAGCCUCCAGAAGAGACUGACAAAUCUUCAGCAUCACGAUCAUCAUUGGCUUCCCAAACUCUUCAAAAACACAGACCUGACAUAGUGAGGAAGCUACAUGGACACAUUGCAGCUGUGUUGGAACUUCUGCAUAGACAUGGUCAUUUUUCAAAAUAUGAAUGUGAAGAGGUUCAAUUGCCAAUAUAUACACCUUCACAGCAGGCACGAAAGCUGCUAGAUCUCUCUAAAGCUAAGGGGGAUGAUACAGCCCAGGUCCUGUUAGACUACGUUGAGUCUGAACCUGGACCCGUCAAACCCAUCCUUGGUAAUAUUUGCUUGAAGUAUCAGGAAAAGUUGAGUUCUACAUUGGCUGCUCAGUCCCGAUUUCUAACAAACUAUGCAGGAACUGAAAAUAUGUGCCUGGAGGAUAUUUAUGUGGAUUGUAUCUUGGAAAUAUCCAAUACUGCUGCUGAAAAUGACUGCUUGUCUUUCCUUGUUGGUCUGGAAAACAUCUUUGGGUCAGAUGGAGUAUCAAAUAAAGAUGCAGAUACUGUGUUAAUCACUGGGGAAGCAGGAAGUGGGAAAAGCACUUCACUGCAGAAAAUACAACAAUUAUGGGCAACAAAACAAGCAUUCCAGGACAUCACAUUUGUAUUUGCUUUCAGCUGCAGAAGGUUAAACUUCAUUGAUAAACCUGUUUCACUUAAAAUGUUAUUGUUUGAACAUUGCUGUUGGCCUGACGAUCACCAAGAUGAGGUGUUCCGAUACAUCUUGGACCACCCUGAAGAGAUCAUGUUCAUGUUUGAUGGGUUUGAUGAAUUUAAACUCCAAUUUACUGAUGAAGAAAAGCACUGUUCUCCCACCAAACCCAUCACUGCUCUGAAUCUGAUCUUUAAUCUGCUACAAGGAAACUUGAUGAAAAACACUAAAAAAGUUAUGACCAGUCGACCAAAUGCAGUAACUGCCAAUUUAAGAAAAUAUCUACAGAAAGAGAUCACUUUGAAAGGAUUCUCGCGGGAGGGAAUUGAAAUGUUCAUCAGGAAAUGCCACAGCAACUCAUCAAGUGCAGAACAUAUUUUACAUUUUGUCGAGGCAAACUCAGCUCUUCAUGGGCUCUGCCAUGUGCCUUUCUUCUGUUGGAUAGUGUCAAAAUGCCAUGAGCAGUUAAUGCAGAAUGGCAGUGAUUUCACUCACACUAUGACUGAUGUUUAUCUGUUGAUUCUGGAACAUUUUUUAUUGCAUUUUACACAAAGCUGUCAAGGAAUUAAUGAAGUUCUACUGAGCCGAGUUGCGACAGUCCAUCACCUUGGCAAAUUAGCACUGGAUGGUUUAACCUCUUGCUGUUACAUAUUCUCAGCUGCACAGCUACAAGAGGCCGAGGUAUCUGAAGAGGACAUUUCUUUAGGAUUCCUUGUCCAUAGUCACAGUUUCUCACAUGCUUGUAGUGUGGUUAAUAAUAGGAAUUAUGAGUUUCUUCACAUCACUGUCCAGUGUUUCUUUGCUGCACUGUACAUCACUUUAAAUGACAAUGUGGGACAAUCUACUCUUUACUCAUUAUUCAAACAUAACCAGGAAAAUACUUCCCCAUGCAUGAUGUCAGCAGCCUGCCUUAAAGGUUGGCUAUUUGAUUGCGACCAAUCUGGUGAACAACAUGAAAGGAGAAGUGAAGUUAUGCUACAGGAAGCGGAGAGAUCAAAUCUCCAAAUAACAGCGAGCUUUGUUUCUGGGCUUUUGUCUGGUAGGCACAGGAACCUGAUGGGGAAGAAUUUUCUCAUCCAGCAACGAUGCAAGAAGUACAAACUGGUUAAAAAGUGCUUAGCAAAGAGCAUACAGAAACAUUUCCUAUCUAUACCACCAGCUGUUGGUGGAGAGAAGAAAAGUAUGCAUGCUUUGCCAGAAUUUGUAUGGUGGAUCAAAUGCAUUUAUGAAAUGCAGGACAAUAAUUUGGCCAAACAAGCUGUUAGUAAAUUGGACGUGGAUCACUUGAAAUUGACCUAUUGUGGAAUAGGGCCAGUUGAGUGCACUGCUCUUGCUUACGUCCUCAAACACUUGAAAAAUCCCAUGGGAUUACAAUUGGAUUACAACUCAGUCGGUGAUUUAGGAAUUGAACAACUCCUUCCCUGCUUGGAUAUUUGCCAAUCUAUUUACCUCCGGGGAAAUAACAUUUCUGAUCAAGGAAUCUCCAAACUGGUUGACCGAGCUCUUGACAGCUGCAAUUUACAAAAGAUUGCGUUGUUUCACAACAAUUUAACUGAUGCAUGCACCCCCUAUUUUGCAAAGCUGCUUAAACAUAAGGACAACUUUCUCGCAUUAAGGCUAGGCAACAACCACUUAACAGCUGCUGGAGCGGAAGUGCUGGCAGAAGGUUUAAAACAGAACAACUCCAUCCAGUACUUGGGACUUUGGGGAAACAAAAUUGGAGGUGCUGGUGCUUGUGCUUUAGCAGCAGCUCUUGAGAAUAACACAAGCAUGUUAUGGCUAAGUCUUGUAGGUAACAAUGUUGGCAGUCAAGGUGCCAAGGCUUUGGCUUUAAUGCUGAAAAAGAACACCAUCCUUGAGGAGCUGUGUCUUCAGGAGAACAAUUUAGUUGAUGAGGAUAUGCUUCACUUUGCAGAAGGACUCCAGAACAACUCCAGCUUGAAGGUUCUCAAGCUGGCGCAAAAUAGAAUCAGCAGAAAAGGAGUGGAGUUUAUUGUCAAAGCUCUGAAGCACAAUGUUACUAUUGCAUCUAUAUGGUUAGGAGGAAAUCACGUGACUGCAGAGGAGAUCGAAGAAAUGACAGCAGAAAGAAGAUUGACAUUUUGAUCAAAAACUGGAAAAGGGAACUAUGUGCCCUUUUGUUAAUUCCCUCAUAGUUCUUCUGUCUCAUGAACUGCAUUGAUAGAAGAGAGAAAUUUGUGUUGGCCAGGGUCGUACUUAUAAACAUUUUAAAAAAAAACAAUUUUUAUUUUAUCUAACAUUUGCUCAUUGUGGUUUUAUUUCUGUUCUUCACUGGAAUGGCUCUAAUGUUUGUAUGGCCAACACACUGGAUUUCACUUACAACACUGCCCUCCUUUUAUUGUUCCUGUCUGUAACUGCGAUCCUCUCUCCAACAUCAGAGCCCUGUAUGCUUUAGCUAAAUAAGGAAAUUGUGUUUAUUUUGGUACCUCAGGAUUUGUCUCAUAGCAAAUUAAAUAUUUUUGAAUUGUGUCACUAUUGUAAUUUAGGCAGACAGCAACCAAUUUAUACACUGCAAUGAGAUCAUCUUUCAGUUAUGUUGGUUGAGGGCUAUAUGUUGGCUGGAACACUGAGAACUUGCUUGCUCUUUAGUGAAUACUGCUGUGGGACGUUUUGUGUCCACUUGACCUGCCAGUCAAGGCUUCAGCUUAAUGUCUUGUCAGUAUUGCAGUAAAAGGUCUGCCUGGUUAAUGUGCUUAAACCUCUUGAAUGAGGUUUGAAUGCAUGACCUACUGAUUAGAGACUAGAAUUAGCCAAGGAAGGCAUUUAGCCCUUUUUUUUUUAUGUCUGAUUUUUCUAUCCUUCAGUGUUACAGAAUGAUUCCUGCACAUUUCAUUAUAUCAUGUACUCCACACAGAUUUAAGCCUAGAAAUCGCCAUUGUUUAAGUAUUAACUGAAAGUUUUUGGGAGAAUUUUCUCUUCACUAUUAGUUCCCAAUAUUUAUUAUAUUUGCUGCAGGAGUAAAUUGGGUAGAAAUUGGAUCACAUAAAAGGCUGACCAAUUGAACCUCAAAACUAAUUUACAGGCACAGCAAGAGAUUGCUAACCUGAUGAAAACUGCAAAGGUAAGACUGAAGUACAAUAUGGAAUAUCAAGUACCUGGUCAAAGUAACCAUGCCAUAAAAAAAACCCAUGUUACCUGUAAAUUUAUUUGUACUGGAUCAUUCUAACAAUUAAUAAAACCUCAUUCUGUGCA